GCUGCUCCUACUCUGUUGACUCUUUCUUCACCUCAUUUUCACUCUCUCUGUUUUUCUUAUCUUCUUCUUCUCCAACUUUCUCUCUCCUAAAACUCAAUAAACACUAAAAAUUAAAAAUGGCGUCUUCUACUCCGCCUCAUUGCUCAAUCACAGCACCCUCAAAACCCCAUCAAAUAGCUAGUUCUUCAUCUUCUCACAAAACCCUUCAACAACAACAGCAACCUCAUCUUCAACGACGCUUCACUUCCCAGAAAGUCUGUGCUUCUCCAAGAAAUCCCGCCAAUUCUCUCUCUAAAGCUAACAAAGCUCCCAAUUUUCUCUCUCCUCUUCCUACCCCGAACAAAACCCAUCUUUCCCCUGAUUUUUCCGGCAAGAAAUCCACCCGUUUUGUUUCCAAACUCCACUUUAAUCGCCAAAGGUCGUCUCUUUCUACCCGCCAUUCUCCUGUUGCUGAGGAUUUCCUUACUCAAUCUUCCGCCGCCACUGUGGAUGAUGAUCAAUUUCAGGUUUUGUUGAUGGGGUUUCAAGCCAGGCUUUCUGGGUCUGAGGAUUUUUGUUUUCUCCUUCGUGAGCUCGGUAAUCGAGGUGAGUCUUCCAAAGCUGUUGUUUGCUAUGACUUUGCUGUUCAGAGGGAGAGCAAGAUGAGUGAGAGAGGUAAGUUGGCUAGUACUAUGAUUAGUGUUAUGGGUAGAUUAGGGAAUGUUGAUUCUGCUAGGUUUGUGUUUGAUAAUGCUGUUAAUGGGGGUUUUGGUAAUACAGUUUAUACUUAUUCUGCUUUGAUUAGUGCUUAUGGUAGGAGUGGAUUGUGCCAAGAGGCAAUUGGGGUUUUUCAGAUGAUGAAAACUCAAGGGUUGAGGCCUAAUUUGGUGUCUUAUAAUGCUGUUAUUGAUGCUUGUGCUAAAGCUGGGGUUAAAUUUGAGGUUGUUAAUGAUAUUUAUGAUGAUAUGUUGAGUAAUGGUGUUGACCCGGAUCGAAUUACUUUCAAUUCUAUGCUUGCUGUUUGCAAAGGUGGGUUGUGGAAAGAGGCUAUGAGGUUGGUUACUGAGAUGGGAAUGAGGGGGAUUGAUCAAGAUGUCUUUACUUAUAAUACCUUGUUGGAUGUUAUUUGUAAGGUAGGGAAGAUGGAUUUGGCUUUUGAUAUUAUGUCCGAGAUGACGGCCAAGAAUGUAAUGCCUAAUGUAGUUACUUAUAGUACCGUGAUUGACGGGUUUGCUAAGGCCGGUAGGUUAGAGGAUGCAUUAGCUAUGUUUGAGGAGAUGAAGUGUGCGGGAAUUGCUCUUGAUAGGGUUUGUUACAAUGCCUCUUUGUCUAUCUUUUUAAAGUUGGGUAGGUUCAAGGAUGCUCUCAAUGUUUGCAAGGAGAUGGAGAGUUGUGGCAUUAGAAAGGAUGUGGUGACUUACAAUGCAUUGUUAGGUGGAUUUGGUAAACAAGGCAAGUAUGAUGAAGUUAGACAAGUGUUUGAGCAGAUGAAAAAUGUACGCGUUUUUCCUAAUGUUCUGACUUACUCUACGCUGAUUGACGUGUAUUCUAAAGGGGGUCUAUAUAGGGAGGCAAUGGAGGUUUUUAGAGAGUUUAAGAAAGCCGGUUUGAAGGCUGAUGUUGUUCUUUACAGUGGCCUUAUUGAUGCUUUGUGCAAAAAUGGGCUAGUGAAAUCAGCUGUGCUUUUGCUUGAUGAGAUGACAAAGGAGGGAAUCAGACCAAAUGUAGUCACAUACAAUACUAUAAUCGAUGCCUUUGGUCGAUCCGCCGGAAUGGACUACCUGGUUGAUGCUAUCAAUGGUGGUAAAACUUCAAUGGUGUCAACAUAUAAUUCUGCUGCACGAAAUCAUGAAGGUAGUGAGCAUAAUAGAGUGAUGAAGAUCUUUGGGCAGCUAGCAAUUGAAAAGUCUCAUAAUUUCAGAGAAUUUAAUGAGAGCAGACAGGAGCUCCUGUGCAUCUUAGGACUCUUCCAGAAGAUGCACAAACUUGAGAUAAAGCCGAAUGUGGUGACCUUUUCGGCUAUUUUAAAUGCUUGCAGCCGUUGUAACUCACUGGAAGAUGCUUCUAUGUUAUUGGAAGAACUCCAUCUGUUUGAUGAUCGCGUCUAUGGUGUUGCUCAUGGACUACUGACAGGAUCCAGGGAUACGAUCUGGAUUCAAGCACUCUCUUUGUUUGAUGAAGUUAAGCAGUUGGAUACUUCAACUGCAUCUGCCUUCUAUAAUGCUCUAACUGAUGUGUUGUGGCACUUUGGUCAAAAACGGGGAGCUCAAUUAGUUGUGCUGGAAGGAAAGAACAGGAAUGUUUGGGAAAAUGUUUGGUCCACGUCUUGUUUGGAUUUGCAUUUGAUGUCCUCUGGCGCUGCUCGGGCCAUGGUAUAUGCUUGGUUAUUAAACAUUCGCUCUGUGGUUUUGGAAGGACAUGAGCUGCCAAAGCUUUUAAGUAUUCUGACUGGGUGGGGAAAACACAGCAAAGUAGUUGGUGACGGGGCACUGAAACGAGCCAUUGAAGGGAUGCUCAAUGGCAUAGGGGCACCUUUCCAUUUGGCGGAGACCAACCUCGGUAGAUUUAUAUCACAGGGGACAGCUGUCACCGCCUGGUUAAAGAAGUCCGGGACACUUCAGGUUCUGCUACUUCAGGAUGUUAAAACUCAACCCGAGAACCGAAGAUUGGAUCAAAGGCCUAAUCUACAGCCCCUUCCUUUGUAGUAAGCCAUUGAAUCUGAACUGAACACCAUGCAUCUGGUUAUGCUGGUGUUUUUUGUGUUCAUCCAAUCACUCCUUGGUCUGGUGGUAACUGGUAAGAGCUUGUCUUUGUGACGGAGAGUUGACGGGUUAAAAUCCAAAUUUGUGUUUUACCAGCUAAAAAUCUUGAACUUUUGUUUAGCACCUAAAAAGAAGUUUUAAAAAAUUGUUUUACCACCUUUUAACAACAAAAUUAAAGGAAUCGUUACUAGGGCCAAUUCAACGGCUAGUAUAGGAUUUUGCUUUAUAAAAUUCAACGAUGUUUUUAAGCAUGUUGUAUAAUAUAAGUUUCUAAUUUGGAUAUUUGAAGUGCAAAAAUGGGUGGUGAUAAUUGAAGAGGAGUAGAGAAAGAAGGUGAAAAAUUGAAUGAGAAAGAGGAGUAAAGAAAGAAGGUGAAAAGUUGAAUGAGAAAGAGGAGUAGAGAAGAUAAUUGCAUAAAUUUGGUACAGAAUUGAGGAGGAAACUUAAUUUGUGAGCUUCACUAACUUUGUAGUUAACUUUGCCGUGAAAAGGUGGUAAAAUGAAUUUUUAUUUUAUGUUUUUUAGGUGGUAAAUUAAAAGUUCGAUAUUUUUAGGUGGUAAAACACAAAUUCGGAUUUUUGUUAGGUGGUAGUAAAUCACAAAAAACCCCUGUAAAUUAAAUGUAAUUUAUCUAGGUAUCGGCUUAUGCUUUCGCUCUCUCGCCCCAUCUUGCCCUUUCUACCGAGUAUAUGGGCCAGUUUUGUGUUACGAUGUCGCCCAUUACAUCCAAAGCUCUAACUGCAAUGCUGCAUGGACAUUUUCCGGUGACAUGGUUUUUCCGACUAUUCGGAAAUUUUCAACUCCUUGCUUCACCACCGCUUGAUUCUGGCCCGACCUAACCCAGCCCGGCCCGUUGAACUGGUCUAUUCAUCAGUAUGGUAGUCUUUGGCCUUCAGACUGCAGUCAGUACUUUGGAUGGAUUUUGUUGAGAGAGAUUUUUGUACUAUGUGAUACAUAAAAGGAUGAAAUGUAAUUGAAUGGAAGUGGCAAAAACUAUGUAGUUGUACUGUUUUGUGUUAAAUGUACAGCAUGUUAGUGUAUUA